GAAGCGGAUCAGAACAAAGAAAACAUCAGUCAUCAUCAUGCAUGUUUCUCACUACCAGAAGAUUUGUGUCAUUUGAAAAGACUUGAAUAGAAAAAAAGAUUACAAGAACUCAGUCAGCAGACGAAACGACAAUAACCAAGUGUUUAGACAUGGCCAGCACCCAGACCAGUUUGAAAACCCCUUUCAAAGACUUGACCUCAUUCAAGGGCAACAUGAAACGGCUGUACAGAGAGCGACUGGAAGACGCGCCUAUCAAGAAGCGAGUGAUGGCGGAGAUCAACCUGAAGCGUCGCAGCUUGGAUUCCCUCCCCAAAACUCCAAAGGUGAAGAGGGAGCAGAUCGAUGAUCUUUGCCACGACUCUGACAUGGAUGUGGAGGGCCGGGCUGAACUGCACAUGGUGGGCUCUGCUAAAGCCCUGGACCUGAGCCCUGGGCUCAAACACACACUGGCCCAGUUCACCCUGAGCAGCCAGAGCUCACUCGGGGGCCCAGCUGCCUUUUCAGCCCGCACUGGCCAUGAGUAUUCCCCGACCGGUAUGCCCCCCCUGUCCUCUCCUCCUGUUCUGGGAGGGGGCCCUCUGCUGGUUCCCUGUGACAGCUCUACUGAAAUCACCCACUCGCUGCUGGAAGGAGAGUCUAUCUCCUGCUUCGUUGUUGGGGGAGAGAAGCGGCUUUGCCUGCCUCAGGUGCUAAACUCUGUGCUCCGCGACUUCUCACUGCAGCAGAUCAACACUGUGUGCGACGAGCUCUAUGUCUACUGCUCACGUUGCGACGCUGAGCAGCUGCAUAUCCUCAAGGUGCUGGGCAUUCUGCCGUUCAACGCACCUUCCUGUGGCCUCAUUACACUGACGGAUGCACAGAGGUUGUGCAACGCUCUGCUGCGUCCGGGGGCGGCAUUGCCUGCAGACCCCAGCGGAAAGCUGUUGACCCAGGGCCUGCUGAAGGAGAGUGAAGCCAGUUUCCAGGUGGAGCACCAGUGUUUGGGGAAGUGCCAGGGUCUCUUUGUGCCCCAGUUCUACACCGAGCCUGAGGCUCCCUGCAUCCAGUGCGUUGAGUGCCAGUUGCUCUAUUCACCACAGAAGUUUGUCAUGCAUUCACACAAGUCACCCGAUAAGAGGACCUGCCACUGGGGCUUUGACUCAGCCAAGUGGCCCUGCUACCUGCAGCUUGCCAGGAAGUACCAAGGCAUGCCGGAGGAGCCCAAACUCCAGCAGCUCCUGGAUGAGGUCAAAGAGAAGUUCCACUACCAGAUCAAGAAGUCGCUAGACAAAAAGGCAGUGGAGGAGGAGGAGAGCCAGGUGAGGAAACCCUCAGCAGAUCUCUGCUCCCCCAGCAACAAGUUGACUGAUACCGACCCUGCAAGACAGGGCAAAACAUUUCCACCUACUCUGGUGUUCAAUCAUCUUUACUCGGACAUCAAGGAGGAGCCAGAACACCCCACCCUGGUCCAUCCCAGUUAUUACCUGUACACGUACAAUAAGAUGGUGGCUCCCAACGUGUCUCUGCAAAGGGAGGCGGAGAUGAGUCCCGAGAUGUUCGGAGCGCUGCUCAAACACCACUACAGCCGCAGAGGGCUGGGCCAUGACGAGCCACCCAUGGAUCUUCAUGCGUCGCCUGCCGUUGCUGCUGGCGCCGAGGAGGCCAAAUCCCAACAUGCCGCUGCUGCCUUGGCCAGUGAGCAGGAAUGCCAAACCCAGGCAGUUUCCAUGGAGACAAGCAGCCAGAACUGCAAGAAAGCCACCCACACCCCCGCCCACACCCCCCCUCCUCCUCCUGUGUCGUUGUCGUCGCCGGUAACGGAAGUAGUGUCUAAGGAUACGGGCUCUGACAUGAGCAUCGCUGCGGUGGGGGGGCUGGAGGACGACAAGGACAGGAUUGUUGUGGAGAUCAUGCAGAUGUACAGCAGGCAGCAGGAGAAGCUCAACUCCACCCUGCACAAGCAGCUCCAACUGGAAAUGGAGCUGGAGGCAAUGCGCGGGGGUGAGGCUGCUAGGCUACGGGAGCUGAGCGCCGAGCAGCAGGAGCUGCGCAGCGAGCUGGAGGCGGUGCACAGCGAGCAGGCACGGCAGCUCAGCCAGGCCCGCCAGGAACAGCUGGAGCUGGAGACCCGUCUUGAACAGCUCCGACAGCAAGCCUGCGCCUGCGAGCCGGGGGCACAACGCCAGCAAGAGGCCCACUACGCUGCACAGUUGUCGGAGUUACGUCAGAGGCUGGAGCAGGCAGAGACGGACCGGCAGGAGCUGCAGGAGGAGCUGCGCAGGGAGCGGGAGGCGCGGGAAGAGCUAGAGCGCACAAUCACCCAGCUCAAGCAGCAGAUGGUUCAUUCUGCCACAGUGGGAGGCAGCCCCUCUCCUCCUCUUACCCCUUCAAACGGACCCCCUAACGCCCACUGCCCGCUCUCCUCCUUCUCAGAGGCCCCAGCGGCUGGCCAAAAGUAACUGCCACCACCUCAGGCGCCUCCCUCAUUCCUCUCCCGAUCACCCGCCAACUCUACAGACACAAACAAUUCAGCCUAAAGCAGAAAGGAGCUUUGCAUCUCCUCAGGCUGUUUUUAAGUUUUCAUUUUACCCUACCCUUUUAUUUCAGUUUAGGACUGACUUUGAUUUUGUAAUCUAACAUCACUUAAAAGAUUGUGUUUCUUCAUUAUUCAUUUUGUUCUCCCUCCUCUCUUUAAACAGUAUUUAAAGAUUUUUUUCGAGCAUGUAUGUUUGAUUUAAUUUAUAGUUUUUACUGAACAAACAGCUGCUUUAGAUGUUGACGGUCAAGUAGAGACCAACUCAACCCAUCUCUAUUUGCUCCCCCCCCCCCCCCCCCUCCCUCUCACACGAUUGUCACCCACCUCUCCCGUCCCUUCUCGUUCUCUCUGGAUUCUGGAGCUAAAGACUUUGAGAUUUCAGACUUAAGCUCAGACACAGACUUGUCCUGGAUUUCACUUUGUGCUACUACCCGGCACAGCUCGGACACAUAAUGGAGCCGGGUUGCGUGCCCCUUCUCCGUCUCUGUACUUGGAGCCCAAACGCUUAAGUACCAGCAACUGCGUGAAACUGCGUAGACAUUUCCAUACAGCUUUUUUGUUUUGCUCCUUCUAAAACACAGAAAGAAAGGUGUAACAUGUCAAAGAAUAUGAACUCUCUCCAGGAGAAAGACCUUUACUGUACAAAAAAAGGACAUUUUGCGGAUGUCGUAAAACCUCAUGAAAAUAUGCCAAUAGUGACGCUGAACUUGAAAUGAGUGUUUUGAGUGUGACCCCCACAAGGUAGCUAGCUAGCAAAUCGUCUGGCCUGGACCCCCCAGCUGCUCCUCACACAGGCUAGCCCUGCUCUUUACUCUGCUGGGCUGCACCUGGACUCUCCUGUCGUAGACCAAAGAGUCUGUCAGUUGAUCCAGUGUCUCCUCUACACAGACACAGACACAGACACACACACAAACACACAGACAGACACACAGACACACACACACACAAAGACAGACACACAGACACACAGACGCGCAAACACACCUUCCACCGCUGUACAAUAGCGCCAUUGCAGUCUGCUGGGAAACUCCAUAACACUGUGGUUUUCACCCACUUUAGGCUAGACAGGAAACACUGUGCUCUUUUCAGGCUUGGCAUGAAGAAGCUCACAAGUAGUGUUAUGCACUUAAUACGCUCUCCUCCCCCAGAGACCCCGGGGAAAGGAAUGUGUCUGGACACGGGGGCUGCUUGAACCAGUGUAGCUUUUCUAAGAAAGAGGGAAAGGCAGAGUCUCAAAUGUGCAGUAGCCGUACUGUGUAACCAUAAUACAUGCAACAUCCUUACAUGCACGCACACACUGUGUCAGUCCAGGCAUUCAGGUGGAACAAUGGCCCCAGCGUUCCCAGCAGAUGAUCAAAGCUCCCGUCUGUCCCUGUUUUGUUUUCUGGGCUUCUCUUUUUGUUUCAUUCGACUUCAUUGUCAGCAGACGUUUUUUAUCCACCACCCUGUUUGUCAGAGCGUCUUCUAAGAAUGUGGGUCGCAGGUGAAAGCAGUUAGUCUAGGAUGGUUCUGGCCUCAGGUCCGGCCCCUGCUUUAUUCUGCCUGGCUGAACAAACGACAGUGGGCAGGAAGAGGAAGACAGGGGAGGCGAGGAUUGAGGGGAGCACUCGGGGGGGACUGGUGCGCUCUCCCCCAGCAGCAGACUGGGUGGCCCAGACGCCAGGGGUACAGAAGGAGCCCUUUUUUGUUAUGUGCAGUCAGAAUGGAGGCAGCUGUUGUAGUCUGUGGGCCUCUGUACAGGAAUUCCCCCCCCUCAAAAAAAAUCUCUCAACACCCUCCCUCAUCUUCUCCGAGAAACGACCGUCACUCACUCACACAUACCCGUCCAUCCAUCUCCAGUGCCAGAUCAGCUGGGGGUGUGCAGUGUUUUGUAGAUGCCCAGGAGAGCGAGCAGACGUCCAGCCAGACGAAGAGAGGACUUUUAUUGUGUCAGUUGCCAGGCAAAAGCUUGUGUGUGUGUGUGUGUGUGUGUGUGUGUGUGUGUGUGUGUGUGUGUGUGUGUGUGUGUGUGUGUGUGUGUGUGUGUGUGUGUGUGUGUGUGAAUAAUAGUUUAAAAGGAGAAGGGGAUCGGCCUCAGCUAAACUCUGAGCUUUUUUAUGCAUCUGCUAUAAAUGCAAAUUAAUAGACAUUCCACUGUGCUCCAUCCUGUUGAAUGCAGAUUUUCUUACACAGCUUCCCUUCCCAAACGGAUGUUAAAGACCGGGCAGAGUACAGUUGUGGUUUGUUGAUUGUCAUAAAAGCAGGUGCAAGCCAGUAAAAUCAAACCCACGCCGCAAAUGUACACUCUACUGUUCCAUUUAAACCUUUAUUGAAAUUAUGAAAGAAAAAAUAUUUAACGUAUUAACUAAAGAUUUAUAUUCACUUUGUAUAUACAGUAGUCAUUAAUAUAUUAACUGUUCUAUGAAAAAAUGGUUUACUGAGACAUGAUGCAAGACAGAGGCAAAAUAGGAAUAUAAUACUUGUUACAUACUUUGCCCCCUUUUCUGAAAUAAUGCUUUUUUUUUUUUUGUGGAUUUCAUCUUGACCGCCUGUUGAUCGUGUGAUGUAAUGAGCUUUUUCCUCUUUGUUGACCCAUCCCCCUCUGAGAUAAAUUGAAAAUGAAACAUUUGUUUCAGAAAAUGCAUUUUGGAAAAAAAGAAAACAAACAAAAAAUGUUUUUUCUUUUGUAUGCAUGUUUUGCUGUCCCUUAAGUUUUGUGUCACCGGGCCAAUUUAUAAACAUUUUUCAUUGUGAAAAAACAAAAGAUGAUGUUUCCCCCUCGCGUAACGCACAAACUAUUACGGCUCAUAUGCAUGAACAUUGAACAUGUGCAAGUUUUAUAUCAUUAUUGGUUUAGAGGUUGAUGAGAUAUCAAUUCAGAUUAUGAAGAUCAUAAAAUGUAGCCUAAUGUGAUUUUGAAAUGUGUGUGUGUGUGAGAGCAAGAGUGUGUGUGUGUGUGUGUGUGAGUGAUGGCCUCCCACGUCUGACUGAAGCACAGCAGCUUUGUAAAGGGAAAGAGAAAAACCUGCUCAUGUAGCUCUGGAUGUGUAGUUAUGUUUUCCGAUUCUGAUCAUUUAUUCCUGUCUGGAUGUGUAAACAUCACUCAAAAGAUAAUCAGUAUUAGUUUUACUGACUUAAUUACCUCUUAGGAGGCACCAACACACUUCUUUUAAUUCAUCACAUGGGCAGAUAACUAAUGUUUACUCUAAAUCUUUAUUUGUGUAAUUUGCAUUUGAUACACAAGGGGACGUUGUUUAGCUUCUUUAAUCAUAGUCCAUCAUUUUAAAGAGGAUUAAAUGAAAGGGGAGAAACAAAAUCCCAUGUAACACUGUUUGUGGGGCCUUUUUGCAUUUUGCAGUGUUAUGAGAACUUGGAUAUGCUUUGUACAGAAUAUUUACAGGUGUGACGUUUUCAAACAGACAAGAAAACCGGGUGAACUGAGCAGAGUUUUAUAGCAUGUGGACACAUUUGAAUACAGGAUUUACAUACUCGUCAUCUCCUGGCUAUGUGGAGAAAGCUAGUAAACAAAUCCAAGGUGACCUUUGAACUGUUGCAGGUGGUCUGCUUUCUAGAUGGCUGUGUGAUUUUCAGCCAGUAAUUAUUCUGUGCCAGUGGGAGAAGCCAGGACGUGUGGCUGCAUUGGUGAUUGAUCACACAGAUCACUGGUUGCUAAGAAUAAGUGCACCAUGUUUUAAUUUAUAGACAUCCUGCUAUAGAUGGGAAAAAAAUAUCAUGGCUUUGCUAAAAUGAACCCUUUUCCCCCUCGAUGCUGUUCUGAAACAUGAAACACAGUGUCUGUGUUGGACCAUUGCAUACUACGUUGCCAAUACUACAGUGUGAUGAGACUUUUGUUCUUGCAUGAAUCGAGACACUGUUCUCCUACCUCAUGUUGUGAUAUAAAAAAAUAUGUUUUUUAAGCAGAAGAAGCUGCAUCUCUAACUGUUUAUCAUCAUUGAUAUUUACUAGUAAAUGACAUACCUGUAAAUGCUUUUAGCUAAUACCUCAGUUGUAUCUAGUGUUUUGUUUUUUUCUGUUUUUGCCCUUCCCUGAUUUCAGAUCUUGUAAAUAUAUACCCUGUAUAGAUAAUGAACUUGGAUCAAAUUCAAGUAAAGUUCUGUAGUGUCAAACCA